AUGUGUGACCAGUAUGAACAUUGGAAAAACAUCUGCACCACCAUCAGCCCAACGUUCAACACGGUCCGGCUAAGGCGGAUGUACAGACACAUCGAGAGCAACACCAGACGUCUGUUGGAUCACUUGAAGAAGAAACAGGAGAGAAACGAGCCGGUGGAGCUGAAGGAGGUCCUGUCUCUCUUCACCAUGGACGUCAUUGCCAGCACGGGCUUCGGCGUGCACACCAACUCUCUCGAGGACCCGGAGAACCAGUUCUUUACAGAAAGCAAGAGAAUCAUGGACAGUGUAGGGUUAUUGCUUUUGAUAACGACGUUCUUAGAUUUCCUCCAGCCUGUCCUGAAGUUUCUCGGAAUAGCGAGCAUGCCUCGGGUGUCUCUGGACUUUUUCUCUCACUUCGUCGACGUGGUCAUUCAGGAGAGGAAGCACGAGGGCUCUGGGGCGGGUUCGAAGAGGCACGACUUUCUCCAGGUGAUGAUGGAGGCGGAAGAAGACAAGCCGGGAGAGGAAAACGACAGAGGAAAAGGCAAAGGCGGACAAGCCAUCAUCUUCACCAUGGCCGGCUACGAGACAGUGUCUAGCGCCAUGACCUUCACCUUGUUCCUUCUGGCCAUGAACUCAGAGUGUCUCCACAAGGCACAGGCGGAAGUGGAAGAAGUUCUGGGCGGAAAGUUCCCGGAUUACGACGACAUACAGUCUCUGAAGUACUUGGAUAUGUGUCUCAACGAAGCUAUCAGGAUGUUUCCGCCUGGGUUCUUACUUGACCGUAUUUGCAACAAAGAGGUUGAAAUACAGGGGGUCCGAAUCCCGAAGGGAGUUUGCGUAAUGGUUCCCAUGGUGUGUCAAAGAUGA